AUGAUGUCCAUCAGGAAGAAGUUGAGGAAAGAGGACAGUGGUAAGGCAAAGAAGGAGGGGGCUCUUGAGGAUAAUGAUUCGUUCGUUGGGAGAUUUUCUAUCCCUGCCGAUAGGAAAGACUGGACAGAUCUCGUCAAGUCCAGCAAGCUUGCGAAUUUGAGUAUCAACAGCCUAAAGAAGAUGGGUUCCGGCAGCAAGACCAAAAAAAAGCAGUUUGUCCUGUACCGUGCAAUAUGGCCCCUAUCAUUGAGAAGAGGGGAUCUCGUGUAUUUCAAAGAUAAAUUUCGCCUCGACAGUGUGUGGACGGUGGCUGAAGACCUCAUUAACAAGUCCCCGGAGACGCAGGAUUACUUCUCCCUCGUGGAACACCCAGAAAUAGUCAGCAUAAUCAGCGAGGCCGACGGCAUUUGGCCAGGCUCUUGGAUGCCUGUCCUGAGGUACCAGAAUCGUGUCAAGGAAAAUUCGACACCUAAAAGCCAUUCUCCACCGUCCCUUCGUGGCACGAAGAGGAGCCGAUCUACCGAAUCUCCCGAUGAUCAAACGGGUGAAGGCCAGACCGGGGUAAUCGACGAAAACAUCGUAAAUGCCGCUUUUGUGCUCUUCCUAGAGGCGGCGGCAGCCCUCGUUGACUGUGAAGCCUUCGAAUUUACACCGUUGCGCUUUCGGUUCCAGUCGGUGUUCUCUGCGUGUGCUUUCACGGCCUUGACAGACGGUGUGUUAUGGAAGAAGGAUGACGGGGAGAUUCGCGCGAUUGUUGAAGUCGAGAAGGCCACGAGGGCUGACCUGAAGGACAGUCUUCUGAUGCAGGAAGCUUCUGAGAUGGUUGGCUGGUUGAAAAACUCCAAGCGAUGGACUGAGUUUUACAACGGCCAUAAGUUCCUGCUCGCUGAAGACGGACAUGAGGCAUGGAUCUGUGUGGGAAAGCCAACAGCCAGCUAUAUGCAGUAUCUCGAAGGAACAGAUGUUGACGAUGCUUUCCUCGAGAUCCAGAGGUUCGGACCCUUCUGCUUGGGUUCAGAAGAACACAUGCGCCAGCUUUGUGUCAUUGUCGUGGCCAUAUAUCUCCGAGCCAUCUCCCUGGCAUAG